UUUCUUAGCAAGUGUUUUGAAGUUCGUAGAUUAUUGAAGUAACUUGCGUUCUGAAAUGAAAGUCUUUGGAUUGGUUUGUUAGUGGUUUAAAUGAUGGCUGUGGCGGAGCUGCAAGUACGGUUGUUUACGAAACAAACUCAGUAUGCAGUUCCAGACACGCCGUUUUCUGUUGCUUCCAAUGUAACGUGCGUCGAACUAAAUGCAUUGGUCAACGAGCUACUAAGAGAAAACAGGACGUCAGAGUGGCAUGAUGUAGAGUUCGAUUUCUUGCUAUCCGGAGAAUUCCUUCGUGUUUCGCUUCUGGAACAUCUUGAAGAAAGAGUUAUAUCUAGUGAAGGCACAGUUGACAUAGAAUAUGUGGAACGCUUCCCAGCGCCAGAACCGAAGGACUGUCUUCUACACGACGACUGGGUUUCUGCUGUACAAAUUAAAAAUAAAUGGAUUCUCUCAGGUUGCUAUGACAACACUUUGCACAUAUGGACGAGCAAAGGAAAACACAAAUUAACAGUACCUGGGCACACAGGACCAGUAAAAGCUCUCUCAUGGAUUUCACUUGAUGACAAUCGAGCAUCAUUUGUCAGUGCAUCUCAAGAUCAGACUGCUAUGAUAUGGGAAUGGAAUGUCUCAAACAAUUCUGUUGAAUGUAUUCACAUUUGUCGCGGACAUGAAAGGUCUGUGGAAUGCAUUGGAGUGAGCCCAAAUGCUGUUCUUUUAGCAACUGGAGGUUGGGAUGCAAUGCUGAAGAUCUGGUCAGCUUCACUGGAGGAGCAAACGCAUACAGAUGGCGUUUCAUCCACUAAGAGGUUUAAAGGAGAACAUGGAAAAUCACAAAUUAGGACUCCUGUACUUACUUUAAAAGGCCAUAAAGAGUGCGUUUCUUCUGCCUUGUGGAUUGACACCAGUGAAAUAUGCACUUCCUCUUGGGAUCACACAUUAAGAACAUGGGAUGCUGAACUUGGUGGCAUUAAAACUGAACUUGUUGGGAACAAGCCAUUUUUUGAUGCUGAUUGGUCCCCACUGAACAGAACACUUGUAACAGCCUCAGCUGACAGGCAUGUGCGUUUAUACGACCCGAGGUCAAAAGAGGGCUCCUUAAUCAAAAACACAUUUACCUCACACACACAAUGGGUGCAGAGUGUAUGUUGGUCUAAAACUGAUGAACACCUUUUUGUAUCUGGAAGCUAUGAUCAGGAUAUGAAGCUUUGGGACACAAGAAGUCCAAAGGCACCUUUGUAUGAUAUGAGUGGACAUGAAGACCAGGUGCUAUGCUGUGAUUGGUCAAGACCUGAUCUUGUGGUGUCAGGUGGUGCAGAUAACACUGUCCGUAUUUUUAAAACAAAACAUAUCAAGGUAGAAGAGAUGUAAGAAGUAACAGAUCUUACAGUACUAAUAAUGUGCAAAAGACAACACUACACAGUAGGUGUAUAACGAAGAUGAGCUACGGUAAUUACAUUACCAUGCAAUAACAAAUGUAUAUAGUUAAAGAUGAAACCAGCAUACAUCUCAGUUGAAGUACAGUAAAUUUAAUUUCAAAACAUGUAUUGAACCAUGAAUAUAGUAUUGUGUAGUGAAAUGAUUUUAAAUUUUA